UCUUGGUCACACUACUACAGCAAUGCCAGUUACCGAAUCACGCACUGCAAAAUACAUAUUUCUUUGAAAAAUAUUUAUGAACCCAAUAUUUUGAUAACUAUGUGACGUUCACGUUCACAUUUUUAUCUCGUAAAAUAAGCAAUAUAAUUGCCACAAUUACCACAGGUGGUGUCGCUAAAAGGUGUCAUUGGCGGCACUGUUUCAAUUCUGAGAAUCAUAUGAAUGCGGAAAUGGCGAAUGCUUCAAAUGCGAGAAUUCAUCAAGGUAGGAAACAAAGUAAGCAGCAUGUCAGAACUGGACGAAAAUUUGUUGAGUAUGGAAAACCUCGAUAGGGCGUCUCCAGAAUUGUGGCCCGAAAAAAUUCCAGGAAUGUCAAAUUUUGUAAAUCAAACAGCAGCAGCUAAUACUAGUGGCCAGCCUUGGAACAAAGAACUAGACAGUGAGGAUAUAAACUUGCUGCACCGUAGGCGGGAGCGGCAGUUGCAAAUGGAGUGCUGGCCCUUCGCGCCACCUAACAUCACUUGGUCCCUCGGCGGUUUGAAGCAGCUACUACGAGCUGCCCAACUCGCCUUCUGAGCAAACAUUGUUUUGGGCCUCUCCGAUUGGUGCCAUCAGCG